AGAAGCAUGGAGGCUGGAAUUCACACCCCUCAUCCUCACUCCAUCAUCUUUAUCUGUGCAUUUCCCUGGUGACCCCUUCCUCCCCCAGUACCUCCCUCACGGUCAUUUCUGCUGCAUCACAGACACAGGCCUCCAAACAGGUGUGGUUGUGACUGAGUCUGUUUCUGACACCCCACCCCUUCUCACUCUGUGGGGAAACCUUCCUGGGAGGGGCUUGGAAUCAGGAAUGAAGCCAGAGGGCAGGGCUGAUAGGGACCCUUUAAAUUCUGCAACUCAGAGAUUCACACAGAAGCCUGGACACAAUUCAGAAGAGCCACCCAGAGGGAGACAACAAUGUCACUGCUACCCGUGCCACACACAGAGUCUGUGUCCUUGUCUACUGGAUCUACAGUGACAAUCAAAGGGAAACCGGUUGUCUGUUUCUUCAACGAACCACAUCUGCAGGUGGAUUUCCACACCGAGAUGAAGGACGACUCAGACAUUGCCUUCCAUUUCCAAGUGUACUUUGGCAAUCGUGUGGUCAUGAACAGCCGUGAGUUUAGGACCUGGAAGGAGGAGGUGGUAUCCAAGAAUAUGCCCUUUCAGGAUGGCCAAGAAUUUGAACUGAAAAUCUUGGUCCUGGAAGAUAAGUACCAGGUAAUGGUCAAUGGCCAAGCCUAUUACACCUUUCACCAUCGAGUCCCGGUCAGUUCUGUGAAGAUGGUGCAAGUGUGGAGAGAUAUCUACCUGACCACAUUUAAGGUCAGCAAUUGAAAGAGAUAACCAGACUUCAUGUUGUCAAGGCAUCUCUGAUGUACGUGAGCAUGGGAUUCCCAAAGCCAGCUAACGGCGUGAUCUUUUCUCACUUCAAUCCUUACUUUUGCUCAUUAAAACUUAAUCCAACUUCACA